CACCACAUCAGAUUCCCGGGUAUCGUUCAUUCCUCCGUCGUUCUAGUUAGAACGAAGGAAAACUCUAUUUCAACAUCAUUGCACCGCCAGAAGCGGCAAUGGCUCCUCGCACCCCUCGCCGCAAACGUCCCCUAACCCUCUCAACUGCCGCAGGCUUAAUCUCCAUCCUAUGCUCCGCCUUCUGUUUGUUCCGGUUGUACUUGCGCACUGGAUCACUCCUUCCCCUCAUUUACACCUGCUUGAUCAGUGGAGUCACGUUUCUGUUCUACGGGUACGACAAGAUGCAGGCGAGGAAUCUAGAGUGGAGAGUUAAAGAGACGACGUUGCAUAUGUUGGAGUUGGCAGGGGGGUGGCCGGGAGCGCUUGUGGGACAGCAUUAUUUCCAGCAUAAGACGAGGAAGACGGGGUUCAUGGUUGUGUUCUGGGGGAUUGUGGUCGGGUGGCAGGGGUUUUGGUGGGUUGUUGCGAGUGCUGGGGGUUGAGGCCGGGGGUGGGUUGGCGUGAAGUACGUC